UGUUGGAAGCUCCUUGCUCGUACGUGUACCGGCAUUCAAGUCCCGCUCGAUCUUCGACGAGACAGUAAUCACCGUCGUUUCUGGGGCCGGGCCGGGAAUUUCUGACAUUUUACUAUCAUCCAUAUUCGAGUGGAGCCAACGUCGUAGUUCAGCGGAACAGUCGGCAAGUCAAAUACAGAGACUGAAGGAUUUUGGUCUAAUAAUCUUCGACAAGAUGCUAGAAAUCAAGAAUUUGUUGAUUAUUUUGGGCUGCUUGAUAUGCUGUAUGUCUCAAGCUUGCAUUGACGAUGAGUUGAACAAUCAACUGCAAUGUCGCUAUGACUGCUCUGAUGAACUGAUUAACGACAAAUGCUCACAGUUCAAUAAAACGACCCAUCCAUCUAUAGAUGGGUACUGCUGCCCAGGCUUCUCCCUAACAAAUGUCAACGAAUCUACAUGUCAGAGAUGCAGGGACAAUUCAUUUAUGCCUGACAUUAACAAAUGCUGUGGGUGCAUUGUUUGCAUGGAAUGUGACGGGAUUAGAGGGGACUACAUAUUGGAAGAUUCUUGUGCAGGAAAAAUCAAGAAUAAGAAAUGUGCAAUCGCAGAAGAUCCAACUUACCCUACAAAUGCUACUUGUCCUUUAGUUAUUCCCUCUACUGAGAACCAACCAACAACCGAAGUAGUUAAUACUCUUUCUCCAACUCCAGAUGGUCCUGUGCGGGUGGAGGAGAGUACAUCUGGAGGGGAAUUGUUUACAACAACAUUGAUAGUAUUGGCUGCAUUAUUGUGCAUUUUUUUCCUUUUUUUCGUGGUUCCUUUAUCAGCUUGUUGUGCCUGUGUCUGCUAUAAGUGCUGUAAAAUGAAUUUAGAUUCAACUGAUGGAAGAACAAAAACUGUAACUAAAUCAUGGGGAGAGAUUAUGGGAUACAUCGCAGUAUAUAUGAGGUUUACUGUAUGUGGAAGGUGUUUUCAGAAUAGAAAUCAGACGUCAUCUCAAGAUGGAGACGCUGGGAAUGGUGAUGGAGCAAGAGGGACGGGCGCUGAUGAUCCUAUGUUAGACAAUGAAAAUGGACAAACAGAUGAUCAGACAACAACUGUUUAAUGACACCACGCUGGCUGAGAGAUGAACUGGUUGGAACCUCCGCUAUUAGAAUUGAUACAAAUGUGACUAUUUCCCUGGGGGACACAGUCAAGAAAGAAACGGACAGUCUUCCAUUAAUAUAUGUUUGAUUUCUAUGAAUAUGCAACACGUACGUAGAUACUUGACAGCUGAUUGGGUGAAUGCACAUCACAUGACACCUGUGCAAUAGUUGACCAUUGCUCGUUAGAGCAAGGGAGCAGGCAGUGCAAUAGAUCGCAAACUCAAUUUGCGAACCAUGAUCUGUGCUGUGCCUACCUGCAUGCACAUACUCGCAUUACUGCCCUGCACUUACCAUGCACAGGUAUAGUAAAAUUUAUCAAAAUAAAAAGCUAAAGAAAAGGCCAAGCAGAUAUAGUCCUAUUCCUCCUUUUCUACUAGUUUGGUUAUUUGGUCUACGUUGAACUAUGCCUACAAAUCAAGUGUUGUAUAAAACAAAUAUUCAAUGUUUGUCAUUCGUGCGACCAUUCGAAUAUUACAUACAGUGCAAGUUGAAGCAGUCUAUAUUCAACUUGCAUGCUCGUAAUGAUCGCACUCAUGAACAUUGAAUAUUUGUAUAGUACAAAUGGAAUGAUUUCGCUCCUUAUCCAGAUGAUUCAAAAUGAAUCUGUUAUAAUUACCCCGGCUUUAGUAGUGUCCGCAUUUUACAUGCAUUCCAUUCAAGGAAUUAUCCUACGAAGUAGCCAUUAAGUAAGUUGAAGUGUAGAACAUUCAUUUCUUGGUUGUUUUGACAAUCAGGGUAUACCACUAGAAAAUGUCUUUUGUGCAAAUGCAACAUAAAAACAAAUAUGUUUUCUGAAAUCUCCAAUCAUCCAAGGUGUCUGAGCAUAUAAAUGUCCACAGCCGAUAAAUUCAAACAAAUAGGCAUACACUUUCAACUUGUUCAAAACAUUUUUGAGCAUUUAAUCAAGAUGGAAAGUGUGCUUUAAAUCUUCAUGUAUUUAGCCAUCUUAGCCUCCUUUUCAUGGCUCUGACAGUAUUUGAAUCUCAAGUCAGCUUUUAGAAGGCAUCUCGGUAACCAAUUUAUGUUAUUCUCCAUCCAAAAGCAACCAAAAAGUCUAUAAAAGCCAGAAUUUGAGAUUAAGUGGUGAAAUUCCGUUUCAUUCUGAAGCAAUUCAGUUCAUCUGGCCCAAAGAUGAGCUCCCACCUUGGGUCAGUUAGAUCGUCAUCCAUCAGCUGUCAAUGCCGUCCAUCCACCAUUCAAAAUGCCCUCUACUUCGUCAUUUCAUGUCUGAUUUUAAAUCUGCUUUCCUUGUAUAUAGCGCUAGGUGGGGGUUCUAAAUUUCUAUACAGAAUUGUAAAAACUCAUUUGUAUUUGCUAAUUUAUGCAUUUAUUUGUUUUAAAUCUCAAAAAUUGCUGCUGAGCUUCAUUUGUCAACCAAUUUUUUUAUGUAUAAUUUUAGCGGGUAGUGCAAGAAUGCAAGACAAUAAUGAUAAUUUUAUGCUUGUGAUUUUGGGUCAAGAAAUAAUGUAAUUAUCUAUAUUAUGCAAUGUAUGUAUGUAUCCUUUUUUUUGCUUUGCCUUCUGCCAAAAUAUGCCCUCACCUUGUAUCAGUCAUUGCCUUUCUAAAAGGAUUGCAUUCCUUCUGAAAUUUUAUAUCUUGUUACAGCUGUAUUACUCUUGUAAAAGUACUUAUUAUAGAUGAAGAAACAUUCAAUGUUCCAUGUGCAAUGGUUGUAGUAAUUUAUCCAUAUUCUUUGAAUUUUGGAUUCAAAACCUUGCUUUAAUAUUUAAAUGAAAUAUCUAUAACUCAUGACUAUUUAAGAGUACUAGAUUACUGUAAGUGAUGGAAUGUAAUUCUUGCCAAAGAUUAUUCUUUUGCAAAGUUGUUACUUACAUGUAGUCAGCAUAUUCAGUAGAUCAUGAAUUUAUAUAAUUCUUUAUUUUAGUUAUUGUAUAUAUAUAUUGUUUGAUUAAAGAUAUACUUGUAGCAUCUAUAAUAUUUUAUAGAUAUUGGCUACUCUUCUUAUAAACUAAACAGAGAUUUAUGAAAGAUGAAAUAUAUAUGUAUAUUUUUUAAUACAUUUUUAACAUCUAAAUCUUGUAUGGUGAUUAUUGUCUGCAUGUUGGGGCCGGUGUCUUCAAUUGGUACAGCUCCUGUGCGUAGUAAUCCAUCCGGGCUUGUUCGUUAAAGGGUUAUUCGAGGCUGAAAAUAAUAUGAUUUUAACAGAUAAUGAUCAGUCAGACAAAACACUGAAAAUUUGAUCAAAAUCGGACAAGGAAUAACAAAGUUAUGACAUUUUAAAUAUUGGCAUUAUUUUGGUGAAACAGUUCUUUGUAUGUCUUCAUGAAUAGUCAGUGGGCAAACUGAUGAUGUCACAUCCCCACUUGUUCUGUCAUAUUUUAUUACAUGAUAUUGUUUAUUCAUAUAUUUUCCUCCAAGAGCUAAGAGUAUAGGAUCGAAAACUGAUUUAUGCAUUAGAUAUUCAUUGCAGCAACUUAUUUUACUAGAAGGGAGAUAUAUCACUUACACAUGUAAUAACGUAAGAAAAAGGAAAGUGGGGAUGUGACAUCACCAGCCUACCUAAUGAAUAUUCAUGAGGAUGAGCAUAUAACUUUUUUUUCAAAAAGUAUUGCUAAACUAAAAUUCAAUGACUUCAUUAUUUGUUAUAUUUUGAUGAAAUUUUCAGCAUUUUGCUCAGUGAAAUGUACUCUAUUUUUUUUUAUAUAAAUAUUUCUAGCCUGGUGUACUCCGUUAACUUGUUUGUGAAUGGAGCACCAAGCAGGAGGACACACUGCUCCAUCAGGCUCAGGAUGUCGCUAGGAUUUCUGAUGAAUGCUGCACAUUUGUACACACUGGCAUAUGUUGGCAGCAUUUGCAUAGUGUAAGAUUUAGAUUAAUUUGUAUAUUUUUGUUUUACUAUAUUCAAGAGGAAUGUUUCUGUGCUAGUGACAAAAGCAUCUUUGGGUAGUGAGUGCUCUUUAAAUCCUAUACACCUUUAUUAUUAUCCUUAGAAUUGUUAUCAUUAAUAUGAUUAUUAGUAGUACUUGUACUUACUAAUUGUAGUAGUAGUACUUAGUAUUAGUAAAUUAUUAUCUUUUUAUUGUGCUGCAGUAUCAUUUGAAGCACACCAAUCAUUGCAUUCGAUUUAAAACAAAAUUAUAAUGAUUUUAAGUCAUUAUUUCUCAGACUUUGAUCUUAAAAUCUUUUUGUAGGCCCAAAUUCAUGUAAGGCUAAAUUGAUGGUCUUUCAUCUUUCUUUCCUACUUUUUUUUUUUUUUUUUUUUUUUAGGGGGGGGGGGUGGUCCUUCCCCCUAUAAUGUACUUAAAAGUCAUUGUAGGGCGCAUCUCCCUUUGACUGAGGCGCAAAUAUAAUCAUCUGACUCUUUAAUAAUGUAUAUGAUAAAUUGACUUUCCUUUAUACAUUGAAUUUGCAUGGCACCUUGUGAACUCUUUGAAGAGUUCCUUUGUAUGGAAUAGUAUACAUAUAAUGCAUGUAAAGCGCGUACAUGCAGGGCCAAAUAAUGAACGAUGUGCGAGAAGAGCCAAUGAAUAUACCGCACCGAGGUCCGUAGGACUGAAUGCGGUAUAUCCAUUUGGCGAGUCGAGCACAGAGUUCAUUAUUUAGGUCCUCUAUGCACAAGAAUGUGUGCAUUGUUUGUUUUAUACAACCCCCUCCUUCCCCAUGUUACUGAGUUGCCCGAAUGCUAUAUUUGAUCUAUUCUAGAUAUUUCUAGAUAAUUCCAGACCUCGCACUAUCCUGCAAUCUGACUUAAGAGUGCAGGAUAGUACUUUUGGUAUGACAUCAGAGUGCAGGAUAGUGCAUUUUGGAUGCAAUAGUGCAAUUCGCUGAAUAUCAUGUGAUCCGAUUUGGACCAAUCAGAUUACAGAACAUUCUUGGGGGUUGUAUAUUACUCAGUAGAGUAGUGACAUGGGUGUUUUUUUUUAUUUCUUUUUACAUAAAGUGUAGAGCUGAUCAUUUUUUAUUUUGAAAAUGAGAAGAUUCUCAAAGAAUUUGAAUGGGCACAUUGUGUAAUAUUUGCCGCAAAAAAGGUGUUUAAAACAUGAUUUGUCAUUACUCUUCAACAUAAAGGUAGUUAUUUGUUACUGUCACUGCUCAAAAAUGUAUUUACUGCCAAGUAAUACUCCUUUAUUCACAGUUGUGCCAUCACUUCAUGGUUGUAAUCUACAUGUAUUCCAUCCACUAUGCCUAUGUGGACCAAAUAUUGCAAUAAUGAUAUGUAGAUCAAAGAUAUAUUCAUUGUAAACAGGAAAAAUACAGUAUUCAGAAUAUUUCAUCAAACAGUACUAUUUGAAUAUUCAUGUACAAUCAGUACUAAGUGAUUGUUUGUAAUGUAUUUCAAUUGAAAUGACGAUUGUGGUUUAUAUUUGUAUCGUAAUGUAUAAAAAUAUCCAAAAUGAAAGUUUUCACCUGACAAUGAUUGUGUCUUGAAUUUAUCUUAUACCAAAUAAAUGUUAAUUUGAAU